UCUUUGGACUUCAUUCGACAAAAAAAUAAAGUGAUUGUGUGCAUGAAAAAUCACUUUUAAGUUAUGCAAAGCAAUUUAAUUUAAUCUUUUGUUUUUUUUUUUUCUUAAACAGUAAAAAGCACAUAAUAAUGAUAAUAUUUUAUCUGCCAGUGCGUGCAUAGUGUGUCACAUUUAACACAGUAAAACAUCACAAAUUCUAUUGUGUGUUUUGUUGGAAAACACCUUACACAAAAUGGAUGAUAACAUUGUCGCUAACAAUGUUUCUGUUUUGGCAAUAUUGGAUAGCCAAUCGGCUGAAGCAUACAAACCUUCUUUGAGUAUGACUGAAUAUCAUACUCAUAAUCAUGAACACAGCACUAUCAACCACAGCCAAACUCACAGCCAUACUUUUAACCAAGAAGAAAUCGAUGGUAUAGAAAACAAUAAGCAAAGUAUUGUGUGGACAAAAAACUCAACCAUUACACUUUUAAGCUUAUAUGAAACCAAAAUGUCUAUGUUAGAUAAUCCGAAAAAGAAAUCCAAAAUGUGGACAUCUAUAGCUGAAGAGUUAAAGGCUAUGGGUAUUGAGGUAACGCCAGACCAAGUUAGGUGGAAAAUAAAUGCCCUUACCAAGAAAUAUAAAGAUUGCAUUGAUAAUGGCCAGGGAUCAUCUGCGUUCAAAUACUUCAAUGAAAUGAAUCAAAUUCUUGGACUACACAGUGACGCUAGUGGAACAUAUAGACUGGCAUCAGGAGUAAUGCAUGGUCCAGAAAGUUCAAAUAAAGAGAGGUGUUUAAAAAAUAUGUCCAUGAAAAACUCUGUGCCUUACAGAAAACUCAGAGCUGAGCGAAAAGCUAAAAUAGAAUUAGAUAAACAAUGGAUUGAAUACAUACAAAAACAAGACGAGCAACGAAGUAUAAGAGACGAAAGAUUCGAAAGGAAUUUAAGGUUAAGAGAAGAAGAGUUGCAGUUACGAAAAAAGGAGUUGGAAAUGAAACAUUCACUAGCUUUGAAAAAGUUACAACUAAGAGAAAGAAAACAAGAAGAAAUGCUUAAAAUUGAAAGGGAGAAAUGCGCAUUACUCAGAAAAUUACUGGCUAAUGAAUCAUAAUCUUCUUAUUGUUAUAAUUAUAAUAAUUAUAUUUAUUUUGUUGUGUUGUUAAUAAUUUGUGGUGUUGUUUAUCAGUUGUUGAUAAAACCGGUAAUACCUUUUACCCUACUGCUACAAAAUAUAACAAUUCCAAUAUUUUUCGAGAAAUAUUAUAGCAAUAAUCAUAAAUAGAAAUAGAAAAAUAUAUUUUAUUCAAUAUCAUUAUCACACAGUGUAAUAUUAUUAAACAAAAUUUAAAAAAAAUGUAGGUUACGUACCUGCUACAAUGAUAUUGGAAAGGUACUCUUACUUAACAUGGAAAUUCAUCUUCACUAUCACAAUAAAUUUAUUAUCUAUUAUCGUUAUCGUCACUCUCACUUAUACAAUAAUUGUGUAA